AUGGUCGCCAUUCACCUCGAAAACCCACCUAAAAAGGACGUCAACUUGAACUGGGAAGAACCCACUUCCACUUUCAGUUUGAGGGAAAUUGAGAGCAAGUCCUUGAAGGAAGGCGAGCUUCGCGUUAAAUUGAACUAUCUCUCUAAUGACCCUACUCAGCGUACUUGGAUGGCUGCAAACCAAAAGGAGUCCAGACAAUAUAUCGCUCCUAUCCUUAAGGGCGAUAUUAUUCGUUCCAUUGGCCUCGGUGAGGUUCUCGAAUCUCGCUCUGACAAGUAUGCCAAAGGCGAUGUAGUUGUGGGCCUCAUGGGUUGGGCUAGCGAGAUUAUUGUUUCGGAGGCUGCCAUUUCCGCUAAGGUCGAUAAGAGCUUGGCUCCUGAAUUGUAUUUGUCCUCUCUUGGUAUGACUGGUUUGACUGCCUACUUCGGUUUGAAGAACGUUGGUCAGAUUAAGGAAGGCCAGACCGUCUUAAUCUCUGCUGCUUCUGGUGCAACAGGUUCCAUGGCUGUUCAACUUGCUAAGCAUCUUUUCAAGGCCUCUAAAGUCAUUGGUAUUGCCGGUUCCGCCGAAAAGGUCGAGUGGGUCAAGUCUUUGGGUGCUGACUACUGCGCUAACUACAGAGAGCCAGACUAUUUGAAGAAGUUGGACGAGUACAUCGGCGAAGACUAUGUGGACAUUUACUUCGACAAUGUCGGUGGCGAGCAAUUGGACUUUGGUUUGACUCACGUCAAGAGAUACGGUCGUAUUGUGGCCUGUGGUGCUAUCGCCGGCUACAACGAUAACUCCAAGUUGAUUGUCAAAGCUUGGCCUGAAAUUAUCAUGAACAGACUCAAUGUGCAAGGUUUCAUUGUCUUUGACUUCGCCAAUGAGUUUCCACAGGCUAUCGGUGAGCUCAGCGCUGCAGUCAAGAAUGGUCUGGUGAAGGCUUCUGAGGGUGCAACUGUCAUUGAUAUUCAUGGUGACUGGAAGGCAGUGCCAAAGACUUGGUUCAAGUUGUUCACUGACGAGAAGCCAAAGGGAAAGUUGGUCACCAAGUUGUAA